AUGUACCAUUUGGUCCUCCACCUCUUCUCGGUCUACCUGUACCUGAUGUACCAUUUGGUCCUGCGCCUCUACCUUGAUCUACCUGUACCUGAUGUACCAUUUGGUCUUCCACCUCUUCUCGGUCUACCUGUACCUGAUGUACCAUUUGGUCUUAGGCCUCUACUUGAUCUACCUGUACCUGAUGUACCAUUUGGUCCUCCACCUCUUCUCGGUCUACCUGUACCUGAUGUACCAUUUGGUCUUAGGCCUCUACUUGAUCUACCUGUACCUGAUGUACCAUUUGGUCUUAGGCCUCUACUUGAUCUACCUGUACCUGAUGUACCAUUUGGUCUUCCACCUCUACUUGAUCUACCUGUACCUGAUGUACCAUUUGGUCCUGCGCCUCUACUUGAUCUACCUGUACCUGAUGUACCAUUUGGUCCUGCGCCUCUACUUGAUCUACCUGUACCUGAUGUACCAUUUGGUCCUGCGCCUCUACUUGAUCUACAUGUACCUGAUGUACCAUUUGGUCCUGCGCCUCUACCUUGA